UCCGGUAUCUGUUAUGGGACUAGAGUGGGUUACGUGUUAGAUCUGUUCACAGUUCUUGAUUCCGCAUUAUUGUUUUAAGAAAUUAUUGUAUUUCACUGCCAGAAGAAAAGAAAAAAAAAAGAGAAAAGAAAAAUGGGUGAAGCUCAGAUGCCAAAGCCAGUGAGGUUUGCCAUUGGAGGUUUGUCAGGAAUGGCUGCAACACUUUUUGUCCAACCGAUGGACCUCAUUAAAAACAGAAUGCAGUUGAGUGGUGAAGGUGGCAAAGCCAAAGAACACAGAAACACUUUGCAUGCCAUCAGAUCUAUUAUGUUGAAAGAAGGGAUUUCUGGAAUGUACUCUGGUUUAUCUGCUGGUCUUCUUAGACAGGCAACAUACACCACUACUAGGCUUGGGAUUUAUACAUGGCUUUUUGACUCAAUGAGCAGUCCUGAUGGUAAACCACCUGGUUUUGCUACGAAAGCUGUUCUUGGAAUGGCAGCAGGAGUAGUUGGAGCAUUUGUGGGAACUCCAGCAGAAGUUGCCCUUAUUCGUAUGACAGCAGAUGGAAGAUUGCCAGAGGCAGACAGAAGGAAUUACAAGCAUGUAGGUGAUGCAUUGGUUAGGAUGCUUAGAGAAGAAGGAUUAUUCACACUUUGGAGAGGAGCGAUACCAACCAUGGCGAGAGCCAUGGUGGUUAAUGCUGCCCAACUUGCCUCAUAUUCCCAAGCCAAGCAAUCUCUAAUGUCAACCGGCUAUUUUAGCGAAAACGUCGUUCUUCACUUUUGGGCUUCCAUGAUUAGCGGCCUUGUUACGACGGCCGCAUCCAUGCCCGUCGACAUUGCCAAAACUAGACUUCAGAACAUGAGGUUUAUUGACGGCAAGCCAGAAUACAAGGGUGCAGUUGAUGUCUUAGGUCGUGUAGUGCGCACCGAGGGUAUCUUUGCCCUGUGGAAAGGAUUCACGCCAUACUACGCUCGCAUUGGUCCGCACACUGUACUCACCUUUAUUUUCCUUGAACAGAUGAACACGUUUUACAAGCAACAUAUUCUCGGUCUGAAGAACGCCAAAGGCGGUGGAAUCUAAUCAUGUGGUUGGUUAUAGAUGUUUUAAGUAGAAGAAUCGUCAAAAUGAAGCCUGAUAUUUGAUCCACAAUUUGUUUUGUCGACUCAUUAAUUGAUGACUGAAUAUAUUUUAGGUGGCUGGUCGUUGUAUCCAUAUAAUAAGAUCAUAAUUCCAUCAAA